GGAGACACUACAUGUACCAGGGAGUUCCGGCAGCAAGAACAGACGAACAUCCGCCUCGAAAAUAUUGAUGCGAUACCGGGACGACAUCCGAGAAGGUCGCGCAAGCCACACAUCGUAAGCCAUAGGACAAGAACAAGAAGCCACCAAUACCAGUACCUCCUGAGCCACACCCGCCCCAAGUGAGCUGCCUUGCACCAGAGUACCACUUGGAAAAAACACAGCAUAUCGCAAGCAAGGUGACGAAAUGAUAGACGAACGAGCCCUCCAGCUCAGCCCCAUCGUCCCAGAAAGUGUCCAACACAAUGUCCGAACAAUAUCCAACAUCCGGUCACUGACAGCCUCUCUCUUCGGCGUAGCAGCCGGGACUUUGGGAUUAGAAUCCUUUCCCGGGUUCAUUUUCUAUUUCGUGGGAACUGCUAUAGUUUCUUUGUUGAUAUUUGGGUUGAAAGCUGAACAGAAACCCGAGAAGUUCUUCUUUCAGGUGGUGAGCGAGUUGUGGGUGGGGGAUUUGUUUGGGGGGUUGAUGAGUUUUGUGUUGACUUGGACGCUGUUUUAUGGGCUGUGUAAGUCUUGAGAUAUUAGGCGAUGUUGAGAACCCAGGGCUUUGAGGGGAAGAAAGGACGAAAGAGGAUGCUGAAGGCAUGGCUGGUUUUGAUUAUGGACCAGGUCUGCUCAGAGUGAGAGCCAGCAUGGUCCUGAGGUACGCCAUGCGCGAUGGAACGGAGGAAUAGAGCCAUGUGGAAGGCCAUUAGUCACUCGAUAGCACUGGUCUCUAGGCCAAUGGCUUGGCCUCUGUCAGAGACUGGAAGAAAGCG